ACCACAGUGCCUUCAAGACAAGACAUAUUAACGGCUUUGAACAAUUAUUGUGUUAUCGGGGUAGCCGAUAUAGCUCUUCAAAUUUGUUGAACGUCGACAGAACUUAUUUAUGGUCAGUUGACAAGGUUCUGUGAGCGACGAGAUCUCGGGAAGGAGAUCAUGGAAUACAUGAACGAUAAAUUCACGUUGAAAAGUCAAGCGAUUAAGGGUAGCGACUACUACAUGGGCUCUGGCGGCGCGCUGGACCAAGUUAUGGAGAGUUUGGACAGUGUGCAGUACUACAGCAAGACCUCGCCCAAGUGUGUGCAGGCCUUCGGGAUACAGAGCAGCGAGCACCACUCGCGAAUGGAGCGGUCCUCGCCUUGCGGAGACCAACACGCGAAUUAUGGUGUCCAGAAAACGGAAGAUACCUUGCACGCGGACCUUGGAAGGUCGAUCGACAACUGUUGCAAUCUGAGGGCCUCGCCGGUAACGGCGUGUCAGGAGAAAACGGAUUUGGACGAAAUGGGUGACAAGUGUGACAGUAACGUAUCGAGCAGCAAGAAGAGGCGACACAGGACGACAUUCACGAGCGCACAGCUGGAGGAGUUGGAGAAGGUGUUUCAGAAAACUCAUUACCCAGAUGUUUAUGUGAGAGAACAACUGGCGAUGAGGACGGAACUAACCGAGGCCAGAGUGCAGGUGUGGUUUCAAAACAGAAGAGCCAAGUGGAGAAAAAGAGAACGUUAUGGACAGAUUCAACAGGCAAAAAGUCACUUUGCAGCCACAUACGACAUAUCAGUGUUGCCAAGAACAGACAGUUACUCACAGAUCUCCAACAACCUGUGGCCCAGCCCUGCUCCCAGUGGCUCUGUAGUCUCCUCCUGCAUGCUCCCCCGUGGAUCUCCCCCAUGUGUCACCUCGUAUUCCCACUCCCCUCGCUCCGCAGCCGACCACGGGUACGUGGGCUUCCCCAACCAGCAGAACCAGUUUGGACACGUCUCCCUCAACAACUUCUUCACAGCCGACUCCCUCCUCACGCCCUCACCCAACGGACACCCAUUCGAGACCAAGCCCGAGUUUGAGAGACGCUCGUCCAGCAUUGCUGUGCUGCGGAUGAAGGCUAAGGAACAUGCGGCCAACAUAUCCUGGGCCAUGUGAUUGCGAAUGUCUGUUCUGCAUGUCCAGCCAGCUAACUGACUCACAGCCUCUCUAACUUUAGCAUUACUACUGCGCACGUUUAUAACCCCCAAUGUUGACUGACAGAAAUCUGACUGUGACACUGAUUGAUUGAAGAGGACAUACAGAAGUCAAAAUAAUGUAGGCCUAGAUGCUGAUAACUGACUGGUUGUCUCCAAGACUGGAGAGACAUGAAGCCUCUCCAUGGAGUCAACAAACUGUGAACCUGUUGGUCAAAAGAGUCAAAUGUCAGAGGAGAUGAACUGCUUCAAGAUUUAAAGGUCUGCUCAUCGAGGUUGAGCAGUGCAUUUCAGUUCACAACACACAGAUGAAACUUGCUUUCAGGUUAACACCCGAUGUUAAACAAUGCAUUGCUGAAAAUGUACCCCUCUGUGACUUGAAAACUCUGAGCCGGUUCGAGCACUCCAUUAAGAGUGGUGCAGCGGUCUAAGGCACUGCAUCUCAAUGUUAGAGGCGUCACUACAGACCCUGCUUUGAUUCCAGGCUGUAUCACAACCGGCCGUGAUUGGGAGUCCC